AUGGAGAGACUAUGCUCAUUGAGCAGCACUAGUAGUACUCAGGCACUACGUAUCCUAUCCUCUGGCCUCAUUAAAACCACGAUCCUCCCAGUUGUAUUUAUGCUGCAACUAUCUUUGAUGAUGUACAGUGCCCUUGAGGGCGACGCUGGUGGUCAUAUCCAGGUCAAAACAGAGCAGAAUAGGAAACGUGAAGGGUAUUUUGAAGAACGAGGAAAACAAAGGAGAAAAUUAUGA